AUGCCGUCUACGACCGUGGGAGAGCUUCGCGAACGACUUUUGGCCUUGGGGGAGAGAGCACCUCGGUCCUGGACCGGUCUUCAGAUCAAGGCCAGGAUUGCUGCUCUGAAGGAAGAGCGCCAGGCUCUUCAACUCGAUGCCAUGGAGGAGGAGAUGAAAGUGCUCAAGAAGGCUGCUCGGAAGAAGUCAGAUCUUCAGAUGCUGUUGGACAAGGAAAGCGUGACCUUCAACCAGUCGGACACCAUCAGCAUCAUGUUCAAUCGCAUGGAGAAAGUCAUCCGGGAGAAGUACGAACCACAGGACACAGAGAUGGUGGGGUUUGGAGCUCAUGCCGAGCUGACCUACAAGGAGUUGAUGGAGACGAACUACCAGUACCUACUCUGGUGCGAGACCACAGUGGGGGAAGGCCAGGCCAAUUGGCGAAUGCAGAGGCUUGUCAAAUGGUUCAAGAUCCAGAAGACCAAGGUCAGCAAGCAGGGCUACCCAAAACAACCACCUGUGAUUUCUACACCCAGGAAGACUGCUAUGGCAAGAGCGCCCCAUGUUUCCGACUCCGAACCCAGCGACUUCUCCGUCAUCAGCCAUCAGGACGAGAUCUCCCGUCUUCAGGCAGAAUUGGCCAAGGUCAGACAGGAGAAAGCGGAGCUUCAGGAGGAGAAUACCGAGAUGUCUCGAACUCUGGAUCGCACCAAGACUCGCAAGGAGAU